AUGGCCUUUCCACAGCCCGUGCCCCCCUUGGAUUGUCGUGGCAGUGGUGACGCUGAUGUGUUGCUGAUUGCGCCUCACGCAACAGUGCCCGCGGACAACGCUGGGCCAUUCAUCGCUGCGUGGCCGCACAACAAGGACGAGGUGACAGAGGAAAUGAACGAAUGGCACGAUGAAGGCAGCGGCGAAGCUUUUGAAGUGGCUGUUUCGAAACUUGCGGCCCCGGGUUUCCGGCCCCGCCUUCCCCGUGGCCUCAUGGAUUUAAACCGCGGCUGGCGAGGGCGGACAGAAAAGACAGAGACGCUUUUUGGCAAGGGUGCACUCAGCAGUUGGGCAGCGGAGCACAUUCACCCGGACGGCAACGAUGCCCUUGAGAAGUGGUACAGGGCUGCCUUGUCAACAAUCCAAGCCGCGGCCGCAGAACGGAGAGGGUUUGUUGAAAUCCAUAGCUAUGGAGACUUGGGGUCAACGUAUGAUCGAGAAAGUGGUGGUCGCCCAGUUCGAAGGGCCCAAGCUGCUGUAGUUCAUUCGACACCAUGGGCUACUCAAUUUCCCGUGGGCCUUGCAAGACUGUUGCCAGGCGAUCUGCGUGGUACUCCUAAGCCCCUGGAGCGAGCAUUGGAUCUUUGCUUAGAGGAGAAUGGCUUUAAGCUGGGGCCAAGCCCCUACCCCACCCAGGGUCCCUGGGCCUUGUCAACACGAUUUCUAGCAUCACGCUGGUUUUUGUGGCUGGGCGAGAAGGAUCAUUUGCCAAAAGAAGCUGCAGAGCAUUUGGCCUCUUUGGCUUGGCAAGAUGAGCAUGACCCUGAAAUGGAAGCAGUUGCAACUGGCAAGGUUGAAGCCCAAAGUGGCAAGCUGCGUGGGGUGCGAGAAUUGGCGGUGAUGAUGUCAGAGUGGUCUCAUCGUCCAGGAGAUCUCGGUGACACGUUCGGAAGAGAGACGCGAUGCUUCACAUUGGUUGUCGAAAUGCGUUGUGAUCGCACGGAUGACGCGGAAUCAUUUGGCCAAGCCGUCGCGAAGGCUUUGAGUGCUCAUCUAGCAUCUUGA